UAGGCUACGUUAAAAGCGAAAAGAAGGCAAAAGAUUUAGACUACCGUGUGGAAAAAAAAACAGUACUAUACAUGUAGCAUGUAUGGGUAUGUAUUAGAAGCAAUACCCACUAUUGCUGAACUACUCGCCUCUCCCUCUUCAUUCACUUUCACCAUGAAAAUAAAGCUAUUUAUACCGAUAUCUCAUGAUUCCUUUAGCCUAUUCAUUUGUUAACCUCUUUAUUUCCUACAUUUCCCAGUAGACCUAGCCUACUGUAUGUGUAGUCAUUUUCCCCUGUAUUAAAAUUGAAGCCAAACUAAGGCAUAUUGAAUAUCAGCAUUCCGUAAACUCAUUUGACUAUAGGCUAUAUUUGACCUAAAUAAUUUUAUGUUCGUAUUUAUUUCGAUGGUUCAUGUGGUUGCUUUAUAACACGUGGCGCUGUUAUGACGUUAUGACGCAUGUCUUUCAUCAGGGAGACUAGACAGUCUAUGGACUAGGCUGAGUCUGCGCGUUCAUGAAGAAGAAUCGCACGUCCUCGUCUAUAUACCGGCUUGAGCCGGUAAAGAGCUGCCAAAACAGGCAGUGAAUAAUUCUCCCAAGACAAAAGAUGCUAUUGGCAGGGAUGGAGCUUUAACUGAAACAGUAAAGUCCAUAGUAAAGUCAAUGUUAUGGUCAUUUUAUUUUUCAACAGGGACAGUAAGUGGCGUAGGUAUUGUGGUUUUAUAAAGGCGGAUAUUUGCUCACUUCAUCUUGGUAAAAAGCCUUCAUGUUUGAACUACCUUCAUGUCAAAAUGAAAUGACGACGAGAUCAUAGAACCAAGAGGCUGCUGUUACCUCGCUUGUGAUCGCUGCCGGCAGGCAGCUCACUGAAGCCAUGAGGAUGCCGGAUUCAAAGGGUUGUUUGGGUCCAAACGUUUACCCAGAGGUCCCUGAUGGCGGCUGGGGCUGGGCUGUGGCUGUUGCUUUCUUUUUGGUGGAAGUGUGCACCUAUGGGACCCUCAAGAGCUUGGGUGUUUUCCUCCAGGAUCUGAUGGAAGAAUUUGAGGAGAGCAACAGCCGAGUUUCAUGGGUCAUCUCCAUCUGUGUCUUCAUCUUUACCUUCACUGCCCCUUUGUCCACCAUUCUGAGCAACCGCUUCGGCUAUCGUCCAGUGGUGAUGGUGGGAGGCUUCCUAAUGAGCCUGGGCACCAUCACCUCCGCCUUCACCAACUCCAUCAACGAGAUGUACAUCACCAUAGGCAUUGUCACAGGCCUCGGCUACUGCCUCUCCUUCCUGCCCACUGUCACCAUCCUCGCCCAGUACUUUUCUAGAAGGCGAGCUCUUGUCACCUCUCUUGCUUCCUCUGGGGAAUCUUUUGCCAUAUUUGCAUUUGCUCCAGCCUUCACUGCACUGAAAGAACACAUAGGCUGGCGCUACUGUCUGGUUGUCCUUGGCAUCAUUCAGGCUUCUGUGAUUGGCUCAGGGCUCCUCCUUCGUCCAAUCAUUAUCAUGCCCCAACCUUUGAAGGAGGACAAUGAAUCAGAAAAAGAGUCUCUCUCUUUUAAGCAUAUUCAGGGUGAUUAUGAAUUGGAAAAUGAACAAACCAGAACAUCUAUCAGUUCAGGAGGCUCUGGGCCCUCAGAGGACUCAGGUGUCACUUCCCUCUCUGGGUCUAAUGAAGACCUCGGGACCGCAGGAGUUGAAGGCAAGGCUAUGAUGAAGGAGGCAGUGCAGGACGAAGAGGUCCAGGAUCCAUCACUGUCUGCACAAUCAACUGUCAAGAAGUAUGAGGAUCAACAUGUGGAGGUAGAAGCGGGUCCUCUCCAGCCCUCCAGUCCAAAACUUCUGGACUUCUCUGUGUUUAAAGACUCUGCCUUCUUCUGGUACUCCCUCUUUGGCUUGUUUGCCACACUGGGAUUCUUUGCCCCACAGCUCUACAUCAUCGAACUCAGCAAAAGCAAGGGAGUGGACCCUGGCAUGGCCUCCUACAUGCUCUCUGUGAUGGCUGUAGCAGAGAUCUUUGGCCGCUUGUCCAUCGGGGUGGUGUUAAACAAAGUCCGCUGCAAGAAGACCCUAGUGCUGCUGGGAUGUGUGGUUCUGCUGUGCCUGGUGCUGGUGGCCUUCACACAAGUGUGGGAGUUCUGGGGACUAGUGGUCUGCUGCGCCCUUUACGGCUACUUCAUGGGCACUGUUGCCUCUACUCACAUCCCCAUGCUGGCUGAGGAGGACGUGGUGGGAAUCCAGAAGAUGGCUUCAUCUGUGGGGGUGUACGUCUUCAUCCAGAGCUUUGCUGGGCUGGCAGGGCCACCUUUAGGAGGUGUGCUGGUGGAUGUCACACAGGACUAUAGUGCUGCCUUCUACUCCUGUGUGGUGGGCAUGGGACUCAGUGCUGUCUGUCUGGCUAUGGUUGGACCAGCCAAGUCUGUCUUUUGUCAAAGACAGAGCAGAAACAAAGAGGUAGGGAGAAGCAAGGAGGAAGAGGAGAAGAUAAAUCAGGAGAGCGACCAGCCCGAGUUUUUGGAGGUGGACUUGGCCCCAGAGGACAGUCUGUUCAGAAAAGCCUGGAUCAGGAAAAGACUCCCAUAAUAAUAUCCCAGCCAAAGCAUGACAUCACUUCAUUACUAACGACUUGCACUGGAGAAGGCUGCAGUGUCACCAGGACUACCCCACAACAGCUGCUGUCGAUUCAAAAUCUCAGGUGUCACACCCAAACAUUUUUACAAGCUUGAAUCGCAAUCCUCCCAGGAAAGAAGCAUCCUCUCCUUUGACGGCAAAUGCACAUACAUGUUGAGCACAUAGUGUCACACCUUAACAACAUUACACAGAUUUGUCUGUUUCCGCUGCUGAAGAAAAAACUAAAUGAACACAAGACAAUCUCCCUUUAUGCAUGUUUUGUAUUGGAAUAAUGUCCCUACUGUCAAAGCUUGACUUGAAAAUGUUUUCAUGCAGAUGGUAAAAUGUGUCAGCCAGUGGAAUGGACCCCUGCUGACCAGUACAUGGAAUGUAGGUUUAAUGUCCUAUAUUGGCUUCUCAUUUGGAAGUAAGAGAUAAUGUUCACUUCUAAAAUAAGUAUUGGCCAUAUAUAGAAUAGAAAGGCACAGCCACUCCACAAAAAGCACUCCUCGCAGGAUAUGUCCUGCAGCCUCAGUUCCUGUUGAUGUUGUGCUAUUCACCACUAUAUGACUUGAAGUAUGGAUCACAAACCGUUUUUUUAAAACAGUGUCACCUUUAUUUAAAGUGCUUAUGGUUAUUGUUUAUAAGAUAAAUUAAUGUUCAUUAUUUUAAUAUUACUUAAAGCUGUUUUUUUUAUCCAACUGAAUGACUGGCAGCUCCUUGCCUGUUAAGCACUGUUAUGUUUGAAUUUUGUACUUUCUAAAUAAAAGAUUCUUGAAACCCA